AUGGCUGACAACAGAGAAGUUCUUGUUUUGAGAGGUACCUUGGAAGGACACAGUGGAUGGGUCACUUCCUUGGCAACUUGCCCUACUAACCCAGAUAUCUUACUGUCUGGAUCCAGAGAUAAGACCCUGAUUGUCUGGCAAUUGAACGGAGAUGACCAAGCUUAUGGUGUGCCAAAAAAGGCUUUAAAGGGACACUCUCACAUUGUUUCUGACUGUAAACUUUCAUUGGACAGUGAAUUUGCCCUAUCUUCCUCCUGGGACAAGACUGUUCGUUUGUGGAACCUAAAGACCGGAGAGAUCAUCAAAUACGCCGGUCACACUUCCGAUGUUUUGUCUGUGGACCUGUCUCAAAACCUUAGAGUUAUUGCCUCUGCUUCUAGAGAUAAGACUAUUAAACUUUGGAACAUUGUUGGUGAAGAGGUUGCCACUUUGGAGGGUCACACCGACUGGGUUACUUCUGUCAGAUUUGUUCCUGGAUCAGCUUCUGACAUUAUUUCUGCUUCAUCUGACAAGUUGGUUAAGUCCUGGGAUUUGAACGAAAUGAAAUUGACCGCAGACUUUGUUGGUCACACUGGUUACGUUACGGCAAUUACCGUUUCUCCCGAUGGAUCCCUCUGUGCUUCUGCUGGAAAGGAUGGUUCCAUCAUACUUUGGGAUUUCUCUGUUAAGAAAGUCUUGUACACUUUGGAUGCAAAAGAAGAAGUUCAUGCUGUUGCUUUCUCACCUAACAGAUUUUGGUUGUGCGCUGCUACUUCCAAGUCUAUUAAAAUUUUCCACUUGGAGAAGCGUAAGCCAAUGGAUGAGCUGAAACCUGAAUUUGUUUCCACUUCCACUAAGGCUAGAGACCCACACUGUAUUUCCUUAGCUUGGUCUGCUGAUGGUCAGAACUUGUUUUCCGGUUAUACCGACAACGUUAUCCGUGUCUGGCAAGUUAUGACUUCAAGUUCGUAA